GAUGACGUCACGGUGACGUGGCUCCCUCGGUGUCAAGAUGUGGUUCUGGACCCGGGACCCGGCCCGUGAUUUUCCGUACGAUGUUACCGGGGAGAGAGAGGAGCUGCCUGGUGGAUGGGGAAUACAGAAAGGAAAAAAGAAGGCCGGUGGGGAUGCAGUAUCUGUGUUUACGUAUGAUAUUCGGCCUGGAGCUGAUGACCAAUUACAGGCAGCCAAGUCCGCACUGAAACGGAUCAAGACUCUAAAACAUCCCAAUAUAUUAUCAUACGUGGAUGGACUUGAGACAGAUAAAUGCCUCUACAUUGUGACCGAGCCAGUGACACCGCUAGGAUCCUAUCUAAAAUCCAGGAGUGACACAGGUGGUGUUAACGAGCUGGAGAUUUCAUGGGGUCUUCACCAAAUUGUGAAAGCUCUCAGUUUCCUAGUAAACGACGGUAACCUCAUACACAAUAAUGUGUGUGUUUCGGCUGUUUUUGUGGACCGAGCGGGCGAAUGGAAGUUGGGUGGCCUGGAUUAUAUGUAUCCUGUAGGGAGUGAGGCCGGUGCUCCCAGAAGGAGUGAGGCAGAGCUUGAAAAGUACAGCCCCCCGGAAAAGACAGACCGCAACAAGACAACUGGGGAGAAAUGGUCGGCUGAUAUGUGGGGUCUAGGCUGUCUUAUUUGGGAGGUAUUUAAUGGACCUCUUCCUCGCCCAACUGCUCUUCGCUCUCUAGGAAAGAUUCCCAAGACCCUGGUGCCUCAUUACUGUGAACUUGUAGGCGCUAAUCCCAAAAUCCGUCCCAACCCCUCACGGUUUCUGCAAAACUGCCGCUCUUCUGGAGGAUUCCUCAGCAAUAGCUUUGUGGAGGUCAAUCUGUUCCUGGAAGAGAUUCAGAUAAAGGACCCUGCUGAGCGACAGACAUUUUUUGAACAACUUAGUGAAAAUCUAGAUUCCUUUCCUGAAGAUUUUUGUCGUCAUAAAAUCCUUCCCCAACUGCUGAAUGCCUUUGAAUUUGGCAGUGCAGGAGCUGUGAUCCUGACACCGUUAUUUAAGAUUGGAAAGUUUCUAAAUGCAGAAGAAUACCAGCAAAAAAUAAUUCCUAUAAUAGUUAAAAUGUUUUCUUCUACUGACCGCGCCAUGAGAAUACGUCUACUUCAGCAGAUGGAGAAUUUUAUCCAGUACUUGAAUGAACCAACUGUCAACACUCAGAUAUUUCCACAUGUGGUCCAUGGGUUUAUGGACACUAACCCUGCUAUACGAGAGCAGACAGUGAAGUCCAUGCUGCUGCUGGCUCCCAAACUGAAUGAGAAUAAUCUCAACGUGGAACUGAUGAAACAUUUUGCUCGGCUGCAAGCACGGGAUGACCAGGGACCCAUCCGAUGUAACACGACAGUAUGUCUGGGCAAGAUUGCACCGUACCUCAACCCUACUACACGGCAGAGAGUCCUGAUUUCUGCAUUCAGCAGAGCCACCAAAGACCCUUUUUCCCCAUCAAGGGCGGCUGGUGUUCUCGGUUUUGCUGCCACGCACAACUUUUACUCCAUGAAUGACUGUGCGGGGAAAAUCUUGCCUGUUCUUUGUGGGGUCACAGUAGAUCCUGAGAAAAGUGUCAGGGAGCAGGCAUUCAAAGCCAUACGAAGCUUUCUGGAUAAGCUAGAAUCUUUAUCAGAGGAUCAGUCACAACUGGCAGACCUUGAGAAAGAUGUCCAUGCGGCUUCAACAAGCCCAGGUGUGACAGGGGGAUGGGCUGGAUGGGCCGUCACUGGAGUAUCCUCCUUGACCUCAAAAUUCAUCAGAUCUUCUGCAACAGGUGGACAGGAAGCCGUAUCUGCUGGCGGAGUUGUGCCAACACCCGCUGCACACACUGAGCCUAGCAAGCCAGAUGCAAACCCUUCGCCACCUGCACCUACUUUGACCACAGCCCCAUCAUACCAGCAAGAACCUGAGGAGGAGGAUAGAAUGAAAGAUGACAGUCCUUUAGACCGAUGGGAUGAUGAAGACUGGGGGAGCCUAGAGGACUCUGAACAGAACAAGCGACAGCCAAUGGUUGAUGACUGGGACACAGCUUGGAGCCAGAGCUCCAGUAAAAAGACCAAAGACAAAGUGCCACCUGAUCCAUCCAGCAGAAUGACACCUGAGCAGCAGAGUGACCAGCGACAUUCUGCUCCCAUAAGCUCUGGCUCUGAUGAUGGUUGGGGGUGGGAUGAUUCCUUCCAAACGGCGUCUUCCACGAGGGAUGCUCCAAAAUCUAAAGCUGCCCAGCCUGAGGGCACAAGACUUGCCAGUGAUUACAACUGGGACAGCGCUGGGGCUAAGCCGGACGAUUUCUUUUCCUCUACGUCACUGCGGGGGACUCAGAAGAACGACUUGAGUUUAGAUGGAACUGGCGACUGGGGGGCAGAUGACAACUGGGAGUCAGUAGAGACGGAUCAUGGUCUCAGCAAAGCUGAAAUCGCCAAGAAAAAACGAGAGGAGCGGCAGCGAGAGAUUGAGGCUAAGAGGGCAGAGCGGAGGGCCGCUAAAGGCCCCCUAAAACUAGGAGUGAGGAAACUCGAUUAAGUGGAUAUCAUGAACAGACACCAAUUCCGCAGAGAAAGGGGUGGUUUCAGGUAACUGAACAAAAUCAUCACAUACUUUGGAAUUUCCCAGAAUGAAGACAGAAGGUCAAAGGUUUCAUAAUAUUUAUGUUGUAUAAAUUUUUAUCUUACAUACACUGCUGUAUAUUUACAGCCGAUGAAUAAAACAUUUUUUCAAACCAUA